ACUCCCCGUGAAACGUGUGUUCGCGCAUUAAGGUGCAAUUCGGUGCAAUUUGGAACGAGUGGUUUUGAUGAAGGACAGCCAAAAAAGCAAGGAAGGGAAUUAUGCCGGUGCAACUAUGGUGAUAUAAGGCGUCGGAUGGAAGAUGGCGAAGAUUGUCAAGGUUUCUGAAUCGGUUGCGACGGUCCUCCUGUGCGAGUACUGCGCUAACCUCACUUUCAAGCACAUACAAGAUUUCGUCAGGCACCUGAGGGAACAACAUUGCUCCCGAGAAGGAGGAUCGUUCGUGUGUCGCUACGGCUACAAUGACGUAUGCUCUAGUCUCCCGGUGGAAGGUGUCUCCGAUAAGGAUUAUGUAGCCCAUGCAAGCAAGCACGCAGUGAUGCAGCAGCAAAGAAAGAGUAACGGACAGAUUUCUGAGCUACCUUCGUCAUGGACAAUAUAUUCUGCAGCGCAGAAUCUGCCAGCGGUACUUAAUGAUCCUACGAAAGGAAAACAAAGCAAUUUCUUUACAAAAACAUGGGGUGAUUCGUUUGUCGAAAAAACGGAUAUUCCUAAGAGUCCAUACCUUCCAGAAAUUACGGCUCAGCAUUUUGAAUCUUAUAUGAAAAAGAUUGCUCGGAGAUAUCGCAAGCAUGCCCGGAUGAGUUCAACUUCCACCCGACCAGUGUCUCCAAACGAAUUCCUACAGAACUUUCCAAAUCUUAAAAAAGUGAAGCUUUUGGAACGCUCUCAGUUUGAUCUUUCCAGUAUACCAAAAAUAUUUCUAAGCCAAAAUUUGGAUCUUUCACGCCGAGAUAAUUUCGAAGCGGUAUUUCCAUUCACGAAAGAAGGGUUGCUGGACAAAGAUGGCAAUGUCGUUGUUCAUGUUAAACUCAUGCAGGAGACGUUAAGCCACUAUCUGGAUAUUGUUGAAGUCAGGAUUGCGGAACAAGUUGCUUCGAAAUCUCAAGCGUUUUUUCAUGCUAUGACAUCGCAUGACGCACUCAUGGAGCAGCUUACUCAAACAAUAACGGUGUUAAAAGCGUUAAGGGAAAAUAUACAUCAGAUUGACAAAAAUCUCGUCACCGAUUCGUUAGAAGUUUUAAGACUGGAACGAGCGAGAUGCAAUCGAACAUUGGUUCAAGAGAAACUUAAAUUAAUGGCUACGGUUCACCAGAGUCAGCCUAUGAUACAAUUGUUGCUAUCUACUCCAGAUUAUGUAGCUGCUCUUGAUCUGAUCUCGACUACUCAAGAGAUACUUUAUCAAGAGUUAAAUGGCAUUCACAGUUUCAGACAUUUAAGUUCACAAUUGAGGGAAAUGGAACGACUCGUUGACAAGAUGUUGUCGACCGAAUUCGAGCGAUACGCUACAGCCGAUCUUAAUAGACCUUUGGGAGGAGAAAGCCUUGUUUUAGAUGGCGACAAGUUGGUUUCAAUAAUUUCCGGUCUGCUUCGCCAAAAGCAUUUCCAAUUUGUGGAUGCCUACAAAGAAGAGGCUAUUACCACAGUGAGAGCGGUGACCAAGGAACGAACUAUAGAAGCUUUGGCGGCAAGUGAUUGUUGCAGUGAUCAGCAGGCUGCUGCGUUGGAGGUCGGAGGCCUUUCCCUUGCCGAGAGGCUGACUCUUUUGCACAAAACGAUUCAGUCCCUUACUUCUCUUUUACAUCGAGUCAAGGCUGUUCACGAUGUUAUGCGAGAUACUGCCGAUUUGUCUGCCGGUCGUAGUCCCUAUGGUGCACUCGAUACAUCGUUGACGGACUGUUUACUGUCUUCUGAAGAGCAUUUUCGGAUUUCUAAUAAACUUGGUGAUAUGGUUACAUCGGUCUGUGAUUAUUGUCACGAGCGUCUAGGAUACCUUCUAUCGGCGGGUACCAAUGAAAAGGAGAAACUUCUUCCAACGGAAAAGGAAAAAGCCGUGAACGAGACUAUGCCCAUCAAAAGUACCGAUAAGGACAGUUCAACCUGGAACGAUAAGACUUCUUGGUUGGGUGACAGGGCUACUACUGCUCAAGUCUGUCAGUUAGCCUCUAUGGUCGAAGGGUUUACCGAGACUUGUGAAAAGCUUUGCGGAAAGCAGUGCACGGCGUUGCGGUCAGCAUUCAAGGCACAAGCUAGCAAAUUCGUGCAACGUUUUCAUUCGGAACGUAAGACAAAACUGAGUCUUCUUCUCGAGGCCGAAAGGUGGAAACAAGCCGAUGUACCGUACGAGUUUCAGUCCUUAAUAACGUAUGUGCACGAAAAUCAAGCUUUUCCCGUUAGUCUAGAUAAAUGCGAAGGCUCGCAGAGAAACAAGGUACCGGUUAACUUUGUAUCGGUAGGCGAAGAACAGUAUGCCGUAGUAGGAAGUGUCUUGAUACUCACUCAGAUGAUCCACGAAUAUUGCAGAGCGGGAAGUGAGUUAACGGCUCUGUCAGGUGCCUUAGGACGACAAUUGGCAGAACUUUUGCGUCAUUAUAAUUCCCGGUGUUGUCAACUUGUUCUUGGCGCGGGCGCUAUGCAAGCAGCGGGAUUAAAGAGGAUCACUAGUACAAUUCUGGUACUGACAUCGCGUAGUUUGAAGUUGGUUCUUUGGCUUAUGCCCUAUGUUAGGGCGCAUUUUCAAGAGCUCUCCAAUAAAAGUGCUGGCCGCGGUGUUAUUGGUGUCUGUGGUCCAAGUGGCGGAGUCGCUCUUUUAGAUAACGUGGAAAGAGACAUUCGUGCCCAUAUCAAGGAAAUAGAGGAUAAGAUCUUGACCGUUGUCGGCAAUCUUCUGAGCGGACAACUUUCCGAAUGGAAUGCUAGACCUCCUGUGCCGUCGCAGUAUUUCCGCACGAUUUCGAGGCAUCUCUCGAAGCUUCACGAGGCAGUUUCAGGGAUCCUACCUCCAUCGCAAGUGCAGUCAUUGUAUCGUACCGUAAAUGCUUCGUUUAAGGAAAAAUUGAGGGAACAGUUGAUGAAGCUGAAUAUCGUUAACGAUGGAGGACCUCAAUACUGUAUGGUUGCGACCGAACUGACAUUUUACCUGGAAGCCCUGAGAAGUUUGAAGAUUCUACCGACAGAGGAAUUAAAGGAUGAUUGGAUGAAUGAUAUAUGGACCAGAUAACAUGCAGAGCGAGUCGUGUACUGCAUUCUGGAAGCCAUGAAGCACUACAGAACGAGGUAUUUCUUAAAUGACAUUUUAUAAUUUACGCCAUUCAAAUUUAUACUGGAUUUAUUUGUCGUUGCUGUCUUGUUUAUUAUACAAGUGCAACCUUACCAAUAGUCUGGCAUACUCUUUGGUUUCAUCAGUACCAGCUCACAAACUGCAAAGACAUUGGUCUCGGAGGAAACUGGUCUUGAAAGGGAACUUCCGGAAAACAGCUCGGUGGACCGAUGGAUAGGUCGAUCAACCUUCGGCCAGUUAGUGCGUCGAAAAAAACGAGUAAGACAUACGCGCGAGAAGUAGUCCGUAAUGGUAAAGGGUUUUUAAACUGCAGUAUUUGGUAACCGUUCAUGCAGAAAAUGUAAGCGGCAUACCAGGACUAAAGUCCUCUCGGAAUUAAGAAUGUUUUGCUCCCUCAUCUAGGCACUACAAUUUUUUAUUAUUUCUUAGUAAUAUGUUAUGACUUAUCAUAUCUACGCUCGCUCGACAUCUUAUUACAGACUGAUAUAAAAUUAUCACAUCCGCAUCGAGAAGCGUACAAGCAAUUUAAGAGCAGAACAUGAUACUAAUAUACAAGUAUAUGCAUGCAUACGGUCGUUAAAUAGCUCGAAGAAGAAAGAGAGCUUGUCCAUUAUCUACGGAUCUGCGAUUGACAGAUCGGACAUGUACAUCCCUCUUUUUGAGCUUUACAUCUCACGAUAUACACUUCUUCGGUGCGGUCAUCGGAAAUUAUGAAAAUUUUAUCCAGCGAUGCAUGCAUUUACAUGUUAGUAUCGUGGGACCAAAGACGACCAUUCAGGUAGGUAGCAGGUUCAGAGUUAUUUCCUACAGGAAAAAUCACUUAUCGCCGAGUGGCCUAAAGCAAAUAUUUCUAGUCCUCCCUGUUAAAAAGCGGUUGUAAUUGAUGAAUGCUCUCGUUUGAACGAUAGCCAACGCAGAGUGGUGCAAACCGAAUGGUGCUAGUCAUUUACUAGCCAUUAGCUAGCUAAAGAAUAACCCUUUAGAUUUGAACGAGUUUAACGUAAUGUGAUUUACUACACCAAGAAUGAAUUUUAUACAAAUUCAAGGGAGGGCUAUGAAUUGGGCUUAAUGCGGUUUUCCGUAUUUCUCAUUCGCACCGAGCUAUGGAAAACUGUACAGUCCGAGAUAAUAGGUGAAUUAGAUAGUUGAGUUAGAUUUCAUACGUAGUUGUCGAGAAGACAAACGAAUUUCCACGCUGGAGGGGCUUACUGAACGCGACGUGCAUAUAAUUUUAAUUGAAUCAAACAACAGAAUAAAAAUAAGCAAAUAAAACCACUGCCACCUGGCACCGACCACUAUUGACCCUGUAAUUCAUCCGGGACAAGAAUUGGUAGUUACUUUUUAAUUUGACGCCUUAAGAGGUAACGAUGUGAGUAUUGAUGCUAAAUUAUGCCGAGGAAAGGUCGAGCAUUUAUACAUACUAAAUGAAACGCGAAGUAUAUGUAUCUUGGUUGCAGAUACGCACAUGUGUGCACAUUAAACAUCGUAUAUGUUAAUUGAAUAGAAGCGGUUGUAAAUAAUUAUUAUAUAUGAAAUGCUAAUGCCCCUGUUUAACGAUACUUAUUGUUAUCGAAAUUCAGGAAUGCAAAUUGUAGGGUGGAUCAAACAUCGAUAGGGGUAGAUCUUUUCCGGAAAUGAACGAAAGUAGAAAGUAUCAAGUCCUUUAAGUUUCAUCAUGUUAAUUAAUCAGCUUUUAUGUUGAAUAUGAACGCGCUUAGUAAACAAUUAAUAAACCCGAUUUAGUAGGAUAGUUGAUCACAAGAGACUAAAGCGUGAAAGGAAUUUGCUAUCUUAAGGAGGAUCCAAUUGACGUUGCACGUACAGAGAACGCGCAGGUUGCGUCCCGUUUUCAAUUAGUUGAGUGGCUACUACGGAUAGUUGCACUUGCGCAUUCCGAGCCUUUUCCCUUGUCUAGUCCCAUCUCUGUACAUAACAUUUAAAAACCCAAUGUCGAGGCAUUUGUUUAGGAAGUGGUUGUUCCUAUCGUGUCGGAAAAUUCUAUAGCGCUUGAUUUGUAACUUUGUACAUACAAAGAAAGUGUGCCCAAAAUUGCCCGCCUUGUGGAUUACUUUGAUAAAUGCUUGCGAAGAUGUUGAGUCGUAACGCGAUUGCUUCUGGGCUAAUUUUUCUUAAUAUUUAUUAAAGCAGAUUUUAGGAUCAAGACGGCUGUCUCAUUCUUCGGUAAUUCUGCAUACGACUCGUUAAUUUAUAGAGUAAUAUGAAACGUUUAGGUGUAAUAUAUUAUGUAUCUUGCAAUAACGUAGUCCCAUUGUAAGAAGUCAUACUAAAAAUUACACAUUAUACGAUAGUACAUUACAAAACGUGUUCUUUCGUUACGGCAUCCAAUAAGAAAGUAUGAAACAUUUUGCUCGACAUUGUAUUUGACAAAUUAUCAACUUUAUACAUAUGUAUACAUACAUGCAUACCUUACGCAAUGAGUACGACCGUCCGCCCGCGCUGACCCUCCGUGAAGAUCGAAACCUGCGCAUGCUCCGAUCGCGGCAUGCGUUACUCUAGAAACCACCUGCAAACAAACUUGUAACCCU